GGUGCUGCUCCAGGCGGGUACUGCAGCCCCCUGCCCGGGGCGGGGACCCGGCAGGGCCACAGUGGAAAGGGUUGGGGUGUCACAUCGGCUGCCGGCCCGAUGCAGGACUCCCCUGCUGCUGCACUGCUCCCCAUCCUGCCUGACCCUGCUGCCGCCCCAGGACUGAGGGCUCUGCCCUCGCUGGUCCUCCUGGCUGCAUCCCAGCUCCGGCAGCUCCCCUUCUCCGGGGGUACGGCUGGCCUCCCUCCCUGGGACAGAGCUGCCCUUCCCCUUCCCCUACUGCUGCCCUUCCCUUCCCAGAUGCUGGGUCUGGUGGGGCUGGUGCUGUGCCUCACUCCUGCGGACGCCCUGACUGCCUUCCCCCCAAAGUUUCAGGUGGGGAAACUGAAUGGGGACGUGGUGGUGAAAUGCAACACCUCGGAGCAGCGAGUGACCUGGACACAGAAUGGGGAGCCGGAGCCCAUGGCCGAAUUUGUGGCCAAGGGACAGACUCUCACCAUCCUCGGCUUGGACCUGCCGGCUGCCGGCAACUACAGCUGCUGGGCUGGCACCGUCCUGCUGGACACCACCUACGUGGUGGUCAGCGGCACCCGCGAGGAGGGGAUGAAUGUCUCCUGCCAGGCUGAGUCCUAUCACGGCUCCUUCCGCUGCUCCUGGAAUGGCCCCCGCUCCGCCGUCUUCCGUGCCCGCCUCACACGCAGCGAUGGCUCCUUGGGGAAGUGGGUGCUGGCAGCCGGCCACCACGGCUGGUUCAGCGCCAGCUUCGCAGACCCCUCCUUCUGUCCCUUCGCCGAGGAGCUGCACCCACUGCAGCUACAGCUGGAGGGGCUCUCAGACACCUCCUAUCUCAACUUCUCCAUCCACUUCUUCAUCCGUGACAUCGUGCGGCCCAACCCGCCACAGAAUCUGACCGUGCAGCAGUGGGGGGAGCAGUUCCACCUGUCCUGGGCCCCCCCAGCCUCCUGGCCGCUCCCCAAGUCCUACUUCGCCCUGCUCUACCGGCUGCAGUACGAGCUCCCCAACGGUACCCAGGUUCACAGGUACGUGGAGGGUGUGGAGGAGCUGCAGCUGCAGGACCGCAUGCGGCGGGUGCGCAUCAGCUGCCAGGACCCCUACGCCAACCACGCCUGGAGCCCCUGGAGCGCCUGGAAGGAUGUCGAUGCAGCCCAGCAGCACCGGCUCCAAGCACGCUGACUCCACGCAUGGACACCCCCUUCCCCCUUGCACCC